UGAGGCUAGCGGCCCUAGCCCCCGCCCGGUCGCUUGCGCCGCGUCCCCUCGAUAAAUACCGAGGGUGCAAACGGCCCCGCUCUUCUUUCUCUUCUCCCCCUCUCGCUUUCCCUUCACGCUCGCCGGGAGGAAAGGCGGCCGGGGAGCGCGCGGCACGGCGGAGCGGUUCUCCGCGCCUGACGUUCUACUCUUGUUACGCCCUUCUCCGCCGGCGCCUCGCCCCCUCUCCCGGCGGUUCAGUGGCUUCGAUUUUUGAAGGAGCCUAUUUCCUGUUCCUGUCAUGGGUUUGGAACAUUUGAUGAAUUCAGCUAAUCCUUCAUCAGGUUUCGCAUUUUACGGAAAUGAAGCAAUGGAGGAAAUGAAAAGGCUACAGGGUCUGAGAGCAGAAACACUGAAGGAACCCUGCCAAAGCCCAGAAAGUAGAGAUGGAGCGAUCAGAUGUCCAAUUCCGUGUAAAAGCAGCAGGUGGUAUAGGGAUCGUGAGUUGAGAGCUGCACAAGAUCUUUCUGAUUUCAUUCUGAGCAAGGCUUCACCUCCGUACUUCAUGGGGUCUCCACCAGUUCGUGCAACCAAUCCUCUUGUUCAUGAUGCCCAAUUCUGUGCAUGGAAGGUGCAAGGUGUUGAUCAGUCUAUAGGGAUUCCUAUACCGACCAAGGGCUACAAUGCUCGCUACUGUGCAACAAAAGGAUCUAUUACGAAGGCUUGAAGCUAUAUUUAUCAGUUUCAUGGCCUCCCAGUGACGUAGUUGUAACUCUGCUUCUCCCAGCAAGGCUAACUUGUACAUAGAGUCAUCGUGCCUUUUGAAGGUGUGAAAUGCCUCAUCUGAGUGUUUAGAGUAUGUCAUCGGAAGUGUUGUAAAUAUCUUUUUGCUUAGCUUUUUUGGUUAAUGGAGCUAGUUUUGUUGAAUAAGCACUUGUAAACUUUGUUGAGAAAUGAGGUAACCAGAAUGAAAAUGUUUGCCUUUCUUCA